CUGUUAUGUCGCGCGCACCAUUUGACGUGCGUGACUAACCUUACCAUUCCAUGAUUGCAUGUUACCAUCGCGCCCUGUUUGAGUCUGAUCAUUUCUUAGUUUUCAUCGAUCUAUCGUUAUCUUUCCUUCUUCUGCGCUCCCCAGCCGCUUUCUCUUCUAUUUCGGGUGUAACAAGUCGGCCCAGUUCAAACUGCGUCAUUCGACACACCUCGCGCAGCCAACGACCGACCUACAGUACCACCCUUACAUCCAUCCCCCAACCCGCUGAGCUCGAUGUGAGCUAGCUGUCCAUCAAACAUCCACUCAAUCAAUCAAUCCUUGCCGAGUCUGUUGGGCUUUCCCCCCUCGCCAGGUCACACAACCUCCGAAUCGACGCAGCCUGCCGUCCCAAUUGCACGCCAUCUCCACAUUCUCGUGGCCCGUCGCCUGUUCCUUCCACCCAUCUACCUGUCGUUCCAGUACAUCUGCGAGCCUGGCCUCUAUCUCGAUCAAUCCAUGUUCAAUCACAUAACCGCCACCCACUAUCCGCAACUGAGAAGAUAACGCCCACCAUAUCCUCGCCUCUGCCUGCUCGACCGGCCGUGUCACCCGGAGUGGUGGAGGAGGUGAAGAUGGCGUCUACAACAUUACAAUCCUCCGCACCGAGGAGGUCAAAGGAUUCGGACAAAAUAGGCAGUUUCCAGCGCCAUGAAGAGAUAGGCCGAGGGAGCUUUGCAACAGUCUACAAGGCUGUCCACACAAGUUCUUCCGGCGGCCAAAGUAUCGUUGCGAUCAAAUCUGUCAAUAUGGCGAAACUGAAUAAGAAACUGAGAGACAACCUGACUUCCGAGAUCUCGAUCCUCAAAGGCCUUCAUCAUCCACACAUCGUUGCCCUAAUCGACUGCAAAGAGUCGAGUGCUCACAUUCAUCUGGUGAUGGAAUAUGUAGCUCUGGGAGAUCUUUCACAUUUCAUCAAGAGACGGGAUCAGAUAAAAGACAGUGAGCUGGUGGGCAAUAUGAUGGUGAAAUACCCCAAUCCUCGACAUGGCGGUCUUCACGAGGUGGUGGUCCGACAUUUCCUACAGCAGCUUGCAAGUGCUCUGCAGUUCUUGCGGGCUAGAAACCUCAUUCACCGCGAUGUUAAGCCGCAAAAUCUACUCCUCAACCCAUCACCUGCCUAUUUCGAAACUCACAAGCCUCGACCCAUGCCCUAUCAACCCAGUCAAGACGCUCUCAGUCCGGUUUGCGGCAUCAAAUCUCUGCCGAUGCUCAAGAUCGCCGAUUUCGGAUUUGCCAGAUCAUUACCAUCCACAGCGCUUGCGGAAACAUUGUGCGGGUCACCACUAUAUAUGGCGCCUGAGAUCUUGCGUUAUGAAAAAUACGAUGCGAAGGCUGAUCUCUGGUCUGUUGGUACGGUCCUAUACGAAAUGGUGACGGCGCGACCACCUUUCAGAGCUUCAAAUCAUGUUGAACUGCUACGAAAGAUUGAAAAGAGUGAAGACAAGAUCAAAUUCGCUGAAGAGUUUAUGGUAUCAGAGGAUAUGAAGAAACUAAUUCGGUCGUUACUUAGAAGGGACCCGAAGGAACGUCUAUCAUUUCCUGAGUUCUUCAGCAAUGAGAUCAUCACUGGUCCUAUCCCAGGCUUGCAUCCUGAAGAUGUGGCCGAGCAGCCAACAGAGCCUGAGACAGAUCGUCGACGAAACAGUCGAACAGACCCUACCGGCAUGGCUCGUCCAGGCUCAAGGACGGAACCGGAGAGUCCUUAUAGCGAUUCCUCAAAGACUGUUUCCGAAGACAAUUUGCCACGAAGUUAUUCAGUGACACGACGAACAUCAGCUACGAAAGAUCAGCUAGUGACAGUGCGACGAACAGCUGAUGAGAUGGGCUCAGCUGCAGCUUCUCCAACGAGUCCAGUCGAACCCCGUCCUGCUCUACAUCCGCAUGCCACUGCCCCAGGAAGACAGGAAUUGGUCUAUCGGCCCUCGUCGACUCCUAUGGCUCGUCAAACAAGUGCAGGCUCGCAUAAGCUACCACCUUCAUCGUUGCGCGGCCAGGUAUACGAUGAGGAUCAAGGAACUGCCUCACGCAAGCAACAGGAAGAGAACGAGCGAGAACGAUUAGCCCAAGAUAUUGCCUUCGAGAGAGACUACGUCUUGGUGGAGAAGAAGGCUGUUGAAGUCAAUGCUUUGGCUGACGAGAUCGACGCUAAUCCACGCCUGAACAGAAACAGCCCAGCAGCGGCGUCGCCUAAAGCCGGAGCAAUGGUUCGUAGAGCCACCACUCAAGGGGUUCCGGGGUCUGCGACAGGCGCACAAACCAGCGCGUCUCGAGCAGUUCAGAUCGCUUCUGGAAGACGCCCCGAUACCUUGCACAAUCGCCAAAGUUCUUAUGAACGACGAUAUGGGCCCAGCCCCAACUCGGCAACAUCCGCCAUCUCAAAAGCCUUGAACAUGGCGAGUGGUCGUUUGUUCGGAGUCGGGUUUUCUCCACCGGUGAAUUUCAUGCGAGGCGGUAAAUCUCCUCCGGUCAAUUACAGCCCUUUUCCGGUAUAUCCGGGCGCCCAGAGUAGUCUGAUAAUGGUUGGAGACUCUUCGAAAGCACCAGCUGCCGACGAAGACACCAAGUUUGUGCAAACAGUCGAAGAAAUUGCCACCAGAAGUGACGUGGUCUAUGGAUUUGCUGAGGUCAAGUAUAAACAGCUUACUCCAGCUGUUCCUUCUCAACCUGGCCUUGGCUUGCGCCAUGCCUCGGACGGAACCGACCAAGACAGCCCGUUCGGUGCCUCGAAUGAAGACCUGACUAUCGAAGCCACCGUGAUUGUUGCUGAGGAGGCAUUGGUGCUCUACGUUAAAGCACUGGCAUUACUCGCAAAAGCCAUGGAUAUUGCAGCGCGUUGGUGGGCUCGCAAGAACCGUGCCGAGGCGGCGAAUGAGGCAACCAAUCGAUCAGCAGCUGCCGCGGGUCAGCGAAUGAACAAUGUUGUGCAAUGGAUUAGAAACCGCUUCAACGAAGUGUUAGAGAAGGCCGACCUUGUACGGCUCAAGCUCAUCGACAGCCAACGACGACUGCCGGAGGAUCAUCCAAGUCAUCCCAACAACAUUUCCUCUGCAACUGCUUCCAGUGCUGGAAUGGGCACCUCAGCCGACCAGGUCGUCGUGAGCUCCGGCAUCACAGCCGAAAAGCUCAUGUAUGACCGUGCUUUAGAGAUGAGCCGGGCUGCUGCCAUCAAUGAGCUGACGAACGAAGAUCUGCCUGGAUGUGAGAUCUCCUACGUCACGGCUAUCCGGAUGCUCGAAGCAGUCAUGGAAAGCGAUGAAGACGUAAUGUCCAAGCAUGGAAGCACCAGCAGUGACCAAGACGAAAAGGAGGAUACAGCACCAAUCAAUGGACUGGAAGCUGAAGACAGGAGGACCGUGAAGAAUCUGGUGAAUAGCAUUCGCGGAAGACUUACAAUCAUUCGACGAAAGCUACAGGUCAUACAAAAGCGAGCAUCAGCUCCGUCGAUAUCUUCGCCUAGCAGAGCUUCUCCUCCAGUAUCGAAUCGAGACAGCAAUCCCGCCGCUGCUCUCAUCACCCCGCCACGAUCAUGAGUUAUUUCUCCACGACUUGCUGCUUUUCCUGCCUGCGGGUUCUUCAGGACUAGUUUCGAGACGGCGUUUUCAGUCAGGCGUUCAUCGGCAUCAAUCAUCUUCUACAGACAGAUCCUCCAGCGGCGGUGGGAGGACACCAAUCUCAUAUUUAAUUACGUGUCACCACGCUUGAACUCGAAGGAACAUUGGUGGCUGACGAACCAUUUGUACAGCGUGGAAUUGCAGGUCAUAUUAUGGCGUAUGGUCUUUAUUGCUCAAACGAUCAGCAUGAGCCGCUCCACUUUUGAUGAAGAGACGGUCGAGCUUGUCACAAGGUGUUGGACAUGGAAAGAUACCCCGUCAUGAGAAACUGGAGCUGGCGUUACGGAUGAAGAGUUACAGGGUGCUGCGUGGCAUAUGUGUCGUGAUUUAUUGAUGUGCUCCCCCGGGAAUACAGAGGUGGGCUUGAAACGUAGAGGAUGGUUCAUUCAUCAGUCCCGUCGCAGAAGUCCUUUCCCUGGACACCUAUUGCAAUGGCAGAAUGAGAAUGAGAAUGGGAUGAUAAAUCUUCACCAAAUGUGUUGUAAUCACUGGGUUUUUGUGUUUGUACCAGACUUUCUAUGGAGAGUCACCCACAAGGUCUAAGUGACUUCCUCAAACUUGCUGGGAUUUGCUCUAGCAAGAAAUUGGCGAGACUGUUGCCAGCCAAGCUCAAAACAAAUCAAGAAUGCACGAG